AUAACUGUGUACUGGGUCUGUUUCAAAUCUACAAUUUCCAAACGCGCAGAGAUGUCUUUUGGGGAAGCUGGUUUUGUUUCACCCUUCUAUGGAUUCUGCUAAUGUGGAUAGUGUUUCAGAUUUGGUUCUGCUUCAUGUUCAUAACCAUUUUGAUUUGUUUGUAAUUUUUGUUUUUCUAUAGACACAGUAUCAUGUGAGAUGAUUGUAGUUGAGUUGAAAUUCUCAUCCUGAAUUCAUGAUAUGUGGUUGCUAUGCUAUCUUAUGGCAUACAGAGAGAAGGAGAGAAAUUUUGAGAUCAUGGUCCAUAGUCUAUAAUGUUUCAACUCGGUGACCCGCAUUUUUCGAUUUAACCAACAUGAAUCAAGGUUUUUUACCAUCCUCCUGCAACUAGUUUUCCUUUGGUUUUGUAGGAUAAAAUUUCUUGAAGCUUAGUGGAUUGCUAUUUUGAACUAGCUUAGAACUGCUGUUCUGCUGUUUUGUUAAUUUGAUCCUCUAACUAAGUAUUUGGUGCUCAUGCUCAGUGCCUCUUGCACAAUAUGACACAUGCUCUUUCUUUAUGUUCAAACCUAACUAGAUACACAGAACACGAAAUUGCCAACUAGUUUUGUAAUAGUCAGCUUCUUUUAUCUCAGUCUCAGAAUUAAUUCUAACACACAAAAGCUACUCAGACACAGAAGCUAUUUUUAGAAUUGAUUUUGGUUUUAAACGUGAUCAUAUGAUGUGUUUCCAAACAUGCACGAAGAAAUUUAUGGCUUUACAUCUCAAAUCAUUGGGUGACACUAAUGUACAGGUAAUUGAAUAACUCUGCUGGGUCCAUCUCGAAGACUCGAAUAUUUGGAUCUUUGAUUUGAGGUAAUAGGAGCACCAUGGCUCCGAGACUUGAAGGUAUUAAGGGUGGAGGAGGAUCCAUCAAGCUUGGGACCACUGGAACAAUCAGUUCCUUAAUGACAAGGGAGUUGGAUCAAAUCUCUUCUAUACCACAUAAGCAGGUACCUUCAACUUCAAGAAGUAAACCUAGAACACUUCCAGUUUCAGUUCCCUGUAGUAGUACAAGUACAAUCCCAAAAAGACUACAACCAAGUAAAUCAUCAGAUGAAGCCAGUAGCAGCAGCAGAAGCAGUAAAAGUACUACAAACCAUAGAAUCACUGGGAAUGUGUUGUCCCAGAAAACAAAAGCUAAUGGCAGAAAAACCCAUAGAACACCCAUGCUUGGUUCUGAUAACUUUGACAGAAGUCCAGUCAUAGAGAAAAAUCAUAAAAAGAUACCUAACAUUGUUGAAGUUGUGGACAUAAAAUGUGGGAAGGCAGAGAAGGCUUGGGCUACCCCUUUAACAAGUCGUCUUAAGAAGCUCGGUUUCUCAAAGCUCUCUGAGAGCAUUAUCUAAACAUGUGAUUUUUUGUAUCAGACCUCAGGUUCCUGUAACUGAAAGAUGAAGUCCCAUUUGGCCUACCCUGGUCUGAUACAUCCACCAUAGAGCACAUGCUUGGUAGGAGCUUGCCACUUCCGCGCUUUUUCUUUGUAUUUUCUGCUGUGGAUGCAAUGGUGCAUCUCGAAGUUGUGCUGAUAGAGGAACCGACAUCUGUGAUUUUGGACUUGUUCCUUUGUGGCCUGUCUUGGGAAUUCAAUUCAAUCCGGCUGAAGUACUCAAUCUCUUGCAUUAUGAGUGAUGCAACUGUGCCCCGGGUGCCUAUUUCUACUGGAGGAAAUCCAGCCAUCUCCUUUGGGUCAAGGGUAGUGGGUUUAUGCAUGCUUUCUGUGGCUGGUGUUGAGGAGAAAGCAAAUUCUUCUGAUUUGAGAAGGGUUGUUUGCGGUUUUGUUCUCAUGGGUAAACUGCAGAGAGACUGGGGCAUUUUCUUUGGUUUCAAGAGAUUUUGUUUCAAAGAAUUCUUCACCUUAUCUGACUGCAUGGCAUGAGGUUGUGUAGUUGGGAGAUUGGUUAAUGACAAUGUCACACCAAUCAUGUGCUUGCAGUUAUAGCACACGAGCUCCUAACUACUGUACCAUCCUUUUAACUACUUUAAGUUUCACCAUGUUUCUAGGUACAUUACAUGCUAGGUCAUUGUUUGGAACUCUUGUCAAUUUGGAGUGGAUCUGAUGGGAUUCAUGUGAAAGGUUCCAUUGAUGUUUUGAGUAAGUUGGUGUUGUAUUCUGGUGUCUUAAUUGGCAAGGAAUAGUAGGCUAACAGCAAACUAGGUCAGGAAAGCAACUAGUAAUUAGAGUGCUUUUUCAGAUUUUGGAAGUAUGGAUGUCUUUAUUUGAGUUGGCUCUAUCUACUUUGUAAUUUAUACUUAUAUGAGAUUAUGUGGGGUGUGGGAAAGAUGUCACAUUAUUUACGAAA